UCUCUCUCUCACACUCUGCGCCGCUCUACCCCCACUGUGCACUCCUUAAAUUACUCUCUAUUUCUGUGAGCGUGUGCCGCAGAGUCAGUGGCACCGGACUGUGGAAGCCUCUGGGACUGCUUUACAAUGAGAAAGGAGAACAGGGUAACUCGGUGCAUUGGGUGGAUUGUUGUUGUAGCAGCCUUGUUCUUCCUGGGAUUUAUCGUGGGAUGGUUUGCAAAGCCGGCACAUCCAGACACUGUAAACAGCAGUGCCUCCAGCAACUAUCUGAGAGAGUUUCUGGGUGAAAUGCAACCAGAUCUGAUCAGACAGCAUCUCAGGAAGUUUACACAGCUCCCCCACCUGGCUGGUACAGAGCAGAACCUGAAAUAUGCAGAGCAGGUCAAAGCAGAGUGGCAGGAGUUUGGCUUGGACUCAGUGGAGAUGGUGCCCUAUGAUGUCCUGUUGUCCUACCCUAACAGCUCGCAGCCAAAUUACAUCUCCAUAGUUGAUGAGCUUGGUAAUGAGGUUUUCAACACUUCCUUGGCUGAGCCAGUUCCUAAGGGUUAUGAAAAUGUUCCUAACAUCGUUCCUCCAUACAGUGCUUUCUCUGCCACAGGACAACCUGAGGGGGAGCUGGUGUAUGUGAACUAUGGUCGUACAGAGGACUUUUUCCAGCUGGAGAGGGAGAUAGGCAUCAAUGCAACCGGAAAAAUUGUCAUUGUCAGAUAUGGGAAAAUAUUCAGAGGCAACAAAGUGAAGAACGCCAUCUUAGCCGGAGCAAAGGGGAUCAUUAUGUUCUCAGACCCCGCAGAUUACUGGGCUACUGGAGUCCAGCCCUACCCUGAUGGCUGGAACCUGCCUGGUGGGGGAGCUCAGAGAGGAAACGUCCUCAACCUGAACGGAGCAGGAGACCCGCUCACACCAGGGUACCCUGCUAAAGAAUACACCCACAGAUUAAAGCUCGAGGAUGGAGUGGGACUUCCCAAGAUUCCUGUGCAUCCAAUCGGCUUCCAUGAUGCAGUCCAGCUGCUCAAGAACAUGGGAGGACCAAACCCACCUGACAAUUGGAAAGGAGCUCUGAACAUCUCCUACAGGAUUGGUCCAGGCUUUGCAGACAAUUUCAAGAAUCAGACGGUGCGUAUGAACAUCCAUGUUAACAACCAGGUAACCAGGAUCUACAACGUCAUUGGAAGAAUUAGAGGAGCUCUGGAGCCAGACAGGUAUGUGAUUCUGGGCGGGCACCGGGAUGCCUGGGUAUUUGGAGGAAUUGAUCCCAUGUCUGGUGCUGCUGUGGUCCAUGAAAUUGUCAGGAGCGCUGGCAAGCUGCUCAGUAAAGGGUGGAGGCCUAGAAGGACUAUAAUCUUUGCCAGUUGGGAUGCAGAGGAGUUUGGGCUUCAGGGGUCUACAGAAUGGGCAGAGGAAAAUUCCAGGGUGCUACAGGAGAGAGCUGUGGCCUAUAUCAAUGCAGACUCUGCCAUCGAGGGCAUGUACACACUGAGGGUUGACUGCACGCCAUCUCUACACACUUUGGUGUAUGACAUCACCAAGCAGAUAGCCAGUCCAGAAGAAGGAGAGAAGGGGGUGUCUCUGUACGAGAGCUGGCAUAAAAGAGACAACUGGACAGGGGACCGCGAUGCACCCAGAAUCAAUAAACUGGGCUCAGGCAGUGACUUUGAGGCCUAUUUCAUCCGUCUGGGAAUCACCGCAGGCAGAUCAAGAUACACCAAGAACCAGAAAACAGAGCGAUACAGCAGUUAUCCAGUCUAUCACAGUGUGUAUGAAACCUAUGAGGUCGUGGAGAAGUUUUACGACCCCUCCUUCAGGAGGCUUCAUGCAGUGGCGCAGGUGAGAGCUGGGCUCAUCUUCCAACUCGCCGAUUCCCAACUCCUCCCUCUUGAUGCUAACCAGUAUGCAGACUCACUAACGAAGUACGCAGAGAGCAUUGCAAAGGUGGCACAGAAAAACCCAGACGAGAUGAAGAUGUAUAAGGUGUCGUUUGAUUCACUGUUUUCUGCAGUGAAGAACUUCACUGUUGCCAGCUGGGAUUUCCAUGAACGCCUGAAGACUCUCAACAGAGCAGAUUCUCUGCAGGUACGUGCCAUGAAUGAUCAGCUCAUGUACUUGGAGAGAGCGUUUAUAGACCCCCUGGGCCUACCUGGAAGGCCUUUCUACAGACAUGUGAUCUUUGCUCCCAGCAGUCAUAAUAAAUAUGCGGGGGAGUCUUUCCCUGGGAUCUUCGAUGCAUUGUUUGACAUCAAGAACUCAGCUGCCCCAGAGAAGUCCUGGGAGGAAGUGAAGCGUCAAAUCAGCAUAGCAGCCUUCACCGUUCAAGCUGCCGCCAUGACCUUAACGCCACCUGCAUGAAGCGCACAGUCUAAAGCCAUGAACACAAUAAAGUGACAAUUAUUUGAGUACCAGAAUGUGAACAAAGGGCACAGACUACCCAAAUCACACAGCAAUGGACUGUCUCUGUUCUCUGAACCACUCAAUACAGUGAAUCUCUGAGCACGGCUACCAAAAUACUACUUAAAAACUCUUUUACUCUUGGUUUUUAAUUUUGUUUGUUACAGUGAAAUAACCAAUGCUUUUAAUGUCUUUGUGUAACAGUUGUCUCUGGCAAUAAAAGAGCCAAA